GCCCGCCCGGAGCUCCCCAGGCCGAUGCGCAGGACCCGGCCCGCAGGCUCUUCGGAGGGAGACGGUGGAGGGACGGACAUGAGUAAAAGCGAAGAUGAACCUCCUCAUGAACUUGAAAAUCAGUUUAUAUUGCGUCUGCCUCCGGAACAUGCUUCUACUGUCAGGAACAUAAUGCGCUCUGGAAGUGCUGCCAGGAAGGAUAAAAUAAAAAUCGACUUGUCUUCUGAUGGACGCCAUGCAGUUGUUGAGGUAGACAACGUCUCACUAUCUGCUAAACUGGUUGAUUUGCCAUGUGUUGUGGGAAGUCUGAAAACUUUUGAUAGAAAAACCUUUUAUAAAACAGCAGAUAUUUCACAGAUGCUUGUGUGCCAACCUGCUGGUAACCUCCAAUCUUCUCCGGAAAAGUCAGUUGCCUCUGCUGAUCUUAGUGGAACCAGGAAUGAGGAAAAAGAGGUGGAUAAAAAAUAUACCUGGAAGCAUGGAAUUACUCCACCACUUAAGAAUGUCAGAAAGAAAAGGUUCCGGAAAGUAAAACAAAAGUACAUGGAAGCUCCAGAUGUGGAAAAGGAAGUGAAGAGAUUGCUGUGUUCUGAUUCUGAAGCUAUCAGUGCCCGAUGGGAAGUCAUUACUGAUGAAGAAACCAAGGAAAUAGAAAGUCAAGGCUACGUUCCAAACACGCCAUUGUCCUCAGCAAUGGGUGCUUCCAAGCAGGGUGAUACCACAUCAGAAUUUGAUGUGCUUCAAGAUACUUUCCGUGAUUCUAGUAGUAACACACAUGAUGACGAGGAUGAGUGUGAGGAGAAGGAGGAGGAGGACGAUGAAGAUGACGAUGAGGAGGGAGAGGAGGAUAAUGACGAUGACUUUGAAGAGGCUCUGGAAAGGCAGCUACGGGCCAAGAUUAUUGAAUAUAGUCAGCAUAAGACAAAGGAAGGUGCCAGAUCAGUAGUCACAGAAAUUCAGAAAAAUAUUCAUUUCAAGGAGAGGAAGAUCCAGAAGAUUCACAAGAAAGCAGAAAGACAGAGGAAUAUUAUCAGAAAAGUGGAAAGCCUGGCCCUCAAGAACCAUUUAAAGUGUGUGCUGACAAAUCUUAAGACACAGGAAAAAGAAACAUAUGGUCAGAUCACUUGCCUGCAGGUACAGUUGAACCAUUUCAUGAAGAAGUGAAGAGAGCUUUCAGGCUGGCACAUAAACUCUCUCCAGACUAAAGGCUACAUGAAAUGAUGCACCUUUUUGUCCCAUCACUUGCAUGAACUGUAUUUGUUUCUCUAUAAACCUUUUUAUUUUUUGCUAGAGAGCAUAUUAAGAGGUCAUAUCCUUGAGAAAAUAGUACUAAAAAAGUAGUAGAUUUAAAGACCCUACUCACUGAUGGAUUUUGCUUCUCUUUGUCAAUUUUACAAUUACAUAAAUUGCUUUUUGCUGAGGUAUCAUCUGGUGAUUCAGCCAUGCUUGCCAAAGGCAGACAUUGUAGGCUCAAAGGCCAUUCUACUGGUUUGCAUGUAUUUUGGCUUUCCCAAACUCUUCAGAUUGUUUUAAAUAUUUCCUAUGACAUAGAAAAUAGCAGUUCAUUUCUGUUAUGAACUAGGUCCU